AUGGAGGAGGCUCCCGUGACCGCAGCCAAGCUGGGCGCUCUGUUGGUGCACAGUGAGUACAAGCUUGGGCGCCGGACUCGGAAGGACGUGGAGUUCAUCCACUCCAAGUUCAAGUCCAUGCACUCUCUCCUCUGGGCGAUAUGGGAGAGGGAGGAUCGUGAUGCGGCAUCCAAGGAGUUGAGGAUGGAAGCCUGGGAUCUCGCCGACGACAUGGACGACGCCGUCGACGACUUCGUCCUCACUCUACAGAGGCACAUCACCAAGCGUCGCAUCCAGCCCAAGACCAAGGAAAGGCCCUUCCUGGAUCUCAAGAAGAGAGCCGAUGAUGUGUGGAAGCGGUGCCGCUGCCAGUGGAAGAAGGAGACUACUCCGGGAAUCAUCCCCAGCUUAUUUUCAGGGAAGAAAGCCAUCGCCUCCAAACCUCGAGCUCAUCCCUUUGUCCGCAAGGAUGUGGCAGAGCUCGUGUGUAUGGAAGAACCGAGGGAUGAGCUCGUUCAACACCUGGUAGGAAAGGAGGCGAGCCUGCAGCUCAAAAUGGCAUCAAUUGUUGGAAUGGCAGGGAUGGGGAAAACCACUCUUGCACGCCUUGUGUAUGAGGCGAUUGGAAAUAAGUUCCAGGUCCGGGCUUUUGUGUCAGUCAAUCCUGGUGGUAGCAUGAAGGAGGUUCUCGCAAGUAUUCUUGAACAAGUUGGAGCUGACAGUACAGCACCAUUUGCUGGCUCCCAAGCUGCUACCGAAGUAGAACAUCUCAUCCAUAUCAUAUCGAAUUGCCUCAAGGACCAAAGAUACCUUGUCAUUAUUGAUGAUAUAUGGCAAUGUGGAGAAUGGGAAAUCAUCAGGAAAUCACUCCCAGAGAAUAACCUGGGCAGUAGAAUUGCCACAACAACUCGAAUGAAUGAUAUAGCCAACAAGUGGCGUGAUGAUUUUGGUUCCUUGAUCCACCCAAUGUAUCCUAAAUGGAAAGAUUAUGCUAAUAGUUGGGAUUACCUUAUCAGUUACAAAGAUGUUUGUGCCUCAAUUAUAGCUAUGCAGGCAGACAUGGUUGAAAAAGGUUUGGACGAUGACCAUCCUGUUGUGCGCAUGUGUGGUGGUGUGCCCUUAGCAUUGCUUUGCAUGCUCUCUGCUGUGGCAAGGGAGGUAGAACAAAGGGAAUCUGCUGGGGAUGCGCUUCGUACCGUUGCAGCAAAAGUUGACCGUAACGGAAUUCAGAAUAUUAGAGGGUUUGAGCCAUUGGUAGAGAGUCUGCAACUUGGCUAUGAUAAUCUUCCACAUAUCAUGUUGAAGACUUGCUUAUUGUACUGCAGCAUAUACCCUAAGAAUCACUACUUUGAAAGGGAUGAUUUGGUGAAGCGUUGGAUAACUCAAGGAUUUGUUUAUACGGAGGAGACAGGAAAAUAUUACUUUGACGAGCUUUUAAACAGGGGAUUGAUUCUGCAUAUUGAACUAUUGCCUUUUGUUAGAGGCCUAAAAUAUAUGAUUCACCCUAUGAUGCGAAAUUUCCUAAGAGCGAAGUCACGAGAAUGUAAUUUCUUUGUUUGCAUAUCCGACAUUGCAUGGCCAUGUUCCCGUCGAACCCGAUGGUUAUAUAUCGGCAAUGGUUCGAGGACUAGUGAACUAGACGAGGUGGAUGCCGGGAUGGAUUGGUCUCAUAUCCGAUCUCUUGUUGAUUUUGGAGGCGAAGAGAGAGUCCCCUUGGAGAAGAGAGUUCCCUUGGAGAAGUUGGAACGACUGCGAAUACUGGAUAUUCAAUUCGGUAUGUUUUCAUACCUUCGGAAUCAUCAUCUGAAUGAUAUCUGUAGACUCCGCCGUCUGAGGCACCUGUACGCCCUGCUCGGGAUUAGGAUUACAGAGAUCCCACCAGAAAUAGGGAGUCUGCAGUAUUUGAAGAGCUUGGACUUCAGCCAAACUAGCGUUAUACAACUACCCAGUGAGAUCGGGGGCCUAAAGCGAUUGAAGACUCUAGAUGUUAGUUACAACAAUUGUCUCGAAGAGUUGCCUAGGGAGAUCGGGGAACUAGAGAAUUUAGAGACACUGCGCAUGAAGAGCACAAGGAUCACCGAGCUGCCCAAGGAGAUCGGGAGAGUUAAGAAAUUAAAGACUUUGGAUGUGAGUGAUAGUAAAGGGAUCAAAGAGCUGCCUCGGGAGAUCAUCGUGGGACUACAUGAGUUGGAGAAUCUGAAUUUGACUGGCACGGGGAUCAAAGAUCUGCCUUUGGAGAUUGUCGAACUGCGUCAUUUGAAGCGACUACUUCUGAAGGAUACAAAGGUGGAGAAGAACUGGAAGCAGUGUCCAAGUGCAUCCGCCAAGCUUGGAAUAACACCGAGGUGA